AUGCCAGAAGGAGCAAAGAUACUAGAUAGGGUGCAAGCAGCCUUCUUAUGGGGAGGUGCGGAGUUGAAACGGGAAUUGCAUAUGGUCAAAUGGGGAGAAGUAACGAAAAACAUGAUUAAUGGAGGCUUGGGUAUCAAGGAUAUCAGAGAAUUCAAUGAUUGCUUGCUAGCAAAAUGGUGGUGGAGAUUUGGCAAAGAGGACGAUUCAAUGUGGAAGAUUGUUUUAUGUGCUAAGUACGCAUCAGCGGGUGGGAACUGGUUUCCUUUUGUGGAUGAGUUAUGUAGACUGAGUGGGCAUCGAAUUCGAUUUUGGGUAGAUACUUGGUUCGGUAGUCACAGUUUGUGUUCGGAGUUCCCAAGACCUUUUUCACUGUCUGUUGAGAAGGAAGUGUCUUUGUGUACCAUUGUGGAAAGGAAAAGUCGGUCGGAGGAAUGGGUUUUUAAUUUUCACAGAGUACUUAAAGCUUGGGAGGUGGAAGAGUUGGGUCUGCUUCGUGCCAGGUUAGAUGCAGAGAAUUUUCAUCUGUCUGCUGAGGAAGAUAGAUUAUGUUGGAAACCAUCCCCCUCAGGUAUGCAUCCACAGCUGGAUUUGCUCUCUGAUCGUGUAAAGGUGCGGAUUGCUCUUUGGAUUGCUCUAUUGGUCACUGUGUUGGUAUCUGUUGCUCUAUGUUCUGUUAGUUCUGCUUAG